AACAAACCAAAGGUCCAAUAUUAAUUAAAGGCUUGAGGAAGCAUAGCAAACAUCUCUGGAGUCCGGAUCCAUCGACAUCUAUCAUCCACAAACGGUUGAACGCUUAGCCAAGUUGCCGAUUCUCUUCCCGGUUUCAUCCUCCGUCAGGCGCCAACACGCAGCACAUCAGCAGCACCGCAGCACGCCUCUUCAGUCGUCAACUACUCACAUCACUCCCGUCGCUCAGUCGCCUGCUCUCCGCCACUCAACCUUCAGCGGCUCAGUCAAUCGGCGCUUCCCUCAAUUUUCACAUCCAACCAUUCGUAGUCCCGGCGUUUGAAGGCGAACAUGAAACUUGAUUAAAGAUCCAUGUGAUGGUAGAUACAGGUAAUUAGCUGGUCUAGAAUAUGGGACUUCUUAGCAUCAUUCGAAAGAUUAAGCGGAAAGAAAAAGAAAUGCGCAUUCUUAUGGUUGGCUUGGACAACUCAGGUAAGACUACCAUAGUUUUGAAAAUCAAUGGAGAAGACACUAGUGUCAUUAGUCCUACACUUGGAUUCAACAUCAAAACCAUCUCAUAUCAGAAGUAUACACUAAAUAUAUGGGAUGUUGGGGGACAGAAAACCAUAAGAUCGUAUUGGAGGAACUACUUUGAACAAACUGAUGGCUUGGUGUGGGUUGUGGAUAGCUCUGAUCUUAGAAGGUUAGAUGACUGCAGAUAUGAAUUGCAUAAUCUUUUGAAAGAAGAGAGGCUAUCAGGAGCGUCAUUAUUGAUUUUUGCAAAUAAACAGGAUAUACAAGGUGCUUUUUCUCCAGACGAAAUAGCUAAAGUACUUAGACUGGAUGCUAUGGAUAAAAACCGACAUUGGAAGAUUAUGGGGUGUAGUGCAUACACUGGAGAAGGGCUUCUGGAGGGUUUUGAUUGGCUGGUGCAGGAUGUUGCCUCUCGCAUCUAUAUGCUUGACUAAGUACUAUCGUGCCAAUUUCUCUAUGAUAUGAUGUACUUAGACUGGAUGCUAUGGAUAAAAACCGACAUUGGAAGAUUAUGGGGUGUAGUGCAUACACUGGAGAAGGGCUUCUGGAGGGUUUUGAUUGGCUGGUGCAGGAUGUUGCCUCUCGCAUCUAUAUGCUUGACUAAGUACUAUCGUGCCAAUUUCUCUAUGAUAUGAUGUGAGUAGAAUUUGGUUCAAUUUGCUGGUAGCUUCCAUCUAUCUAUAUGUAGCAACUGGGUUACUUGAUUAAUGGCAUUUUCUUGUGCACUCUCUUGUUCACACAUUUGAUACAAGUGGGUAUGUAUUACUUGUGCUGUACUUGUAGGAUACAAGAUGUUUUCAUCAAUCUUCAGCACUUUUUUAUUGUUCAUUUUUUAGUAUGGGAAUUUGACCCGUAUACUAUGUUUAAUUGACCGGACCGGGUGAGUCUGCUUGGAAAUUGGUGAACCAGCCACUUACCCAAUUCAGUUACAUACUGACCCGCAAAUGUAAUGAAAACUGGAAAAACUUGAGUCACUUGACUGCUCA